AUGCUGAUCACGCUGUGCUAUCUCUACCUAUGGGCGCGCUGGGGGCCUUGUUCGGCCGCGCUCAUCCGGCGCACUGUGCGCCGUCUCCACCGCUCCCGCUGCUCCUUCACUUUCUGCUGCUGCGCCGGCCCCCCGGCGCCCGCGGUUCUCCCUGCUCGGCAGCCUCACAGGCAGGUGCCUCCCGAGGACCGAGUCUGCCUCAGGAUAGGGAACAAAGUCUUUUUCACGGACGAGACGCAGUUCCUUGAUGACUUAAACAGGUGGAGUCUGUUUCUCAUUUCUCCUUUUAUUUAUCCUGAUAAGUUACUUAAAGCAGAGCAUAUAGCUUUUGUGACAGAAAGCAUUUCAUCUCAGACAGAUCAUUUGCAAAAAGUACCUGGCUCUUCAAAAGAGAUUGUGAAGUGGUCAGAUUAUUGUUCACCAUUGGCCUAUAAACCUGGUGAGCCUUAUAAGUUAAUUGCUGAAGCAAGUGUUGAUAAUUUCAGUAACCUUGGAAUAGCAUUCAUGGAAGACAGGCUUCAAAUGGAUAAUGGAAUGGUGCCACAAAAGAUUGUUUCUGUCCAUUUACAGGAAUCUACUCUGAAGGAGUUGGUGCAGGUGGCACCAUCUGUAAAAGGGGAAAAUCUAAGCAGUACACAAAUGGAUGAAGUAACUCCUGCUGCUACUCUUGGGACUACUGUUAAAUCAGGAUUAGGAGUAGCUGAAUCAGCAGGACAAGGUGAAGAGGAGAAAUCCAAACUAGAGGAAGAAAGUGAGAAUGAAGAUGAAUUCAAUAGUCUAUCUGAUGAAGAGACAAGUGCUGGAAAACAUCAUCACUUGCAUCUUUCCAGCUGUCAUGAAUGCCUGCAACUUGAAAACAGUACUAUUGAAUCAGUUAGAUUUGCCUCUGCAGAAAACAUUCCAGAACUUUCUGAUGAUUGCAAUAGCAAGCUGGAAGAGAAGAAUGAUGACUGUCUAGCAAGAGGAAUAAAGAGAGUAAACCUUGCUGGAAAACCUCCUAAUAUAUUGAUUUAUCUUGGCUCUGAACCUGCAAAAGCAGAAUUUGAGCAGGUAAAAUCAGUCCUUCAGGAAUGCAUUGAUGCAGACAGCUACACCCUCUACCAGCUGCAUGAGGAACAAGUUCUGAAAGCUCCGUGGAUCGAUAAUUCACUGUUGUUGAUCAUUGCUACAGAGCAACCUAUUUCUGAGAAGAACCACAAACAAUUUAUGAAGUUUUUAUCUAAAGGUGGGAAGAUUCUAGGAUUUUCUUCAUCUUUUACAUUUGAUGGGGUACAAAUUAAAAAGAAAAACAAACUGAAGAAAAUUGUUCAUGAAUUAAUGGUCUCUAAAAUGGACAGCACUGAAAUGAAAUUAAAUCUUUUGAUCAGUGGCUGUAUUUUUGAGGAAGUAAUGAAGGAAGAUACCACCAAAAUGAAGAUAUUGAGUCGAUUAAAUAAUACUGAUGAAGAUAUAGUUAUUGUUCAUCUGACUUACGGAGACAGUGGAGGAGAAGCUAUUCUUUCUCAGGUACACUUGGAACUGGAUGUCAAUUCUAUGAAUGUCCAAACUGAGGAGGAUUUUAAUCUGCUUAAGAUGAGCAAUGCCCAGAGAUAUGAAAUUCUCAGAGAGAUCCUGACAUCGCUUGGCCUGAGUUGUGAAUUAAGUAAAACUCCUAUGUUAACACCUAUUUACCUUCUCUCUUCUGAUGAGGAAAUCCAUCUUGCUUUUCUGAAAUGGCUCGAGGGAAAUGUAGAUGCUGAAGGACUAAGAGCAUCCAGUAAGGUGUCCCUUAAAUUUGUUUCAUCCUGUGAAUCAAAAAUGGACAUAAUUCCAUCUCUCAUGCCAGUCAUCACUGAGAUGGGAAGCUUCUCAUCAGAACACUUCAGUUUGAAGACAUAUCAACAGAAUCUUCAAACAAAGAAGCUUGGAAAGAUUCUUCUUUUUGCUGAAGUAACCACAACAACAAUGAAUCUUCUAGAUGGAUUAAUAUUCGAGUUGCCUGAGGAGAUGGGUUUAAUAGCGGUUGCUGUUCGACAAACACAAGGGAAAGGACGUGGUGGAAAUGUUUGGCUCAGUCCCUUGGGCUGUGCAUUAUCCACUUUACAUAUCGCCAUUCCUCUACAUUCCAACCUGGGCCAGAGAAUUCCUUUUAUUCAACACCUGGUAUCCUUGGCAGUGGUAGAGUCAGUUAGAUCAAUACCAGGAUAUGAGGAUAUUGAUCUGCGAGUAAAAUGGCCAAAUGAUAUUUACUACAGUGAUCUUAUGAAGAUUGGUGGAGUUCUGGUAAACUCUACACUUAUUGAAACAACAUUUCAUAUACUUAUUGGCUUUGGAUUUAAUGUGAAUAACAGCAACCCCACUAUAUGCAUCAAUGAUCUCAUCACAAAAUUUAAUAAGGAAGAGGGGACACAGUUAAAGCCUUUAACUGCAGACUGUCUUAUUGCAAGGACUGUAACUGUACUAGAGAGGCUUAUAGAUAUUUUUCAAGAGAAAGGGCCCAAUGGAGUUCUUCCUCGUUACUACAAGUACUGGAUACACAGUGGUAAGCAAGUCUGUCUCCACAAUGAGGAGGGCCCGCUUGCUUGGAUAGUCGGGAUAGAUGAUUACGGAUUCCUUCAAGUUCAUGAAGAAGGCAAGGGUGUGGAGUCUGUGCACCCAGAUGGCAACUCUUUUGACAUGCUGAGAAACCUCAUUGUCCCAAAGUAUUCAUAGUCCUCAGAGCUCACAGUGCAGAGAGAGGUACUUUAGUAAAUGGCACCAAGCAGCUAAACUUACUUAAAGGUGGAAAGGGUAGUUGCUAGCUAGAUUUCUGAUAUCAUUGUUCUUUAAUGUGGAUAACAACGACAGUUGAGGUAAUUAUCUCAUUGCUGAAGGCCUUUAUUCUUUCAUAUUAACUUCAAAACACAUCUAUGUUGCCUUCUUUUUUAAGCAUCUGUUCUUUAAAAGGAGCCUGAUUGCAAAGGAAUACUUGGCAGUGAACAGAACUUCUCUUAAUUUACACACUGUAUUUGAGAAACUGAAGUGGCUAUAUUUUUUCUUUUUGUGUCUCUGUGUUUUUAUUGUACUUUAGCCCAAUGCAGUACAAUAUUUACAUUUGUACUAUUUUUUUUUAAACUAAACUCUGGUUUAUGUGUUGUCUGCAGUGGAAACAGCUGACAGAGCUUGUCAUAUAUUUCUGAAUGACUGGGAUUACCAAUGUGUUUAAAUUCAGGUCUAAGUGUAGAGCCUUGCUGGUUUGGUUCUGCUCCAUGUGGACCUGUACACCAGUUUACCACCCUGUGCAUUGAUCUCACAUCUGCAACUCUCUCAUGGCUGCCUUGCAUUUUUUGAGAGUUUUCUAUCAGCACUUAAGAACUGUGGUUGGUUAUCCAAAUGGUUUGUACUCUGCUAUACCUAGGUGAUUGGUUCUGAGUAAAUCAUCUCAUAUCUUCUUUGAAUCAUAGUCAUCCAAGAGGCUUUAGCCCCAUAAGAAUAGCCUACUGGAGCAGUGUAUUGCCAAGUUGCAAUCUUCUUAUCCAGGUUCUUGUAGAAUGCCAUGUCAGGAGAGGGAAGUCCGAAAUAAUUUUGAAUUUAAUAGUAAUUCUAUUGUAACAGCAAUGAAGUGAAGAAAAAAGAGAAAAUGUCCAGCUCUUAAAAUCCCUGCUGUAAACAGCUACUACGGGGAAAAAGUAAAAAAAACAUGCAGUUAAGCUGUGUCCAAGUUCUCUUCCAUUUUUUGUGUUGUCGUUCCCUUUCCCAAAGCCAGUCAUCUGGUUUUGGUGCUAACCAUGAAAAGCAAAAGGUGUAGCACCUGCUGACUUGAAAGUCGCUUGCUUUGCAGGCUGGCUGCACAGUUCUAGAUUAGGUGUAACAGCUCGGUUGUGAUUGGAAAGCAUUGUGAAGCAGGCACAUGGGAGCUUCCGGGUGAUGGCAGCUUGUCAGGUUUUUUUCCUCCCCGGCAAGACGAAUUUGCACCAGGAGGCUGGGUCACCACAGCACUUCAAACAGUUCUCUGCAAAUGUAAAGUUUGUCAUAGAUAUGAUGUGGCCAGCUUAAUUUCCUCAAGUAGGCAGCACUGCUUAUUAUGUUACCUUGUGCCUACCGAAAGUGGAUCAGCCAAAUUGGUUUCCACAAAGGGUUUUUGUCUACUAGCCAGAAAUGGGGUUUUUGCGUUAAAGUUCACCUCAUAAACAAUAUGAACAUGUUAGUAGAUUGUUUCAGUUACAAAGCCAAGAAGUCUUAAAACAAGGAAACUAGUCUGUAAUGGUAAUAUAGGGUAAUCCUCACAUAUUAGGGUUUAGGUGGUUUGGCAGCAAGUGCUAGAAAUUAAGUUGUCCCUGUUACGUUUAGGAUUUUAUGCUUCAUAUCACAGUAGAUUUGUCCGUGUGCUGGUUGUCCAUUCCCUGCUGUUUUGUUUUCCCCCAUGUUCUGCAUUGUAUGAGACUGCACACCAAUAUUUCACAGAACAGCAUAGCAGAGUGUAGACAGCUGUUAAGUGGAAUAGUUAAAGUGAUACACAUGAACACCGUUUUUUUUCCCACCAGAUGCUUUCAGAACUGCUUUGGGCUGUUAAUUUUUGGCAACUACCUUUAUUUCAGAGUCAAGUAUUGAUGCAUAUUAUAAUCAAAUGAAACUUGAGUCUGAGUUAAUAAAGUUUAAAUAAAAAGAAGGAACUAUUUAUAUAUUAAUAUAUAAAAAAUGUAUGUGUGUGCAUACACACUCUCACAUCUUCUUUGUGCAUCUUCACUUGCCUUUUCCUUUGAGCAGCUUAUGAGCAACGCAUGCUGCUGCAGGUCAGCUGUGGAAAACGUAGCUCUGGGACUGUUUUCCAGCCCCAAAUUUUACAAAACUUUAGAUCUGUACCUCAAUCCAAUAUUUUUAGCUAAAACACUCUUUCUGUUUUGGUACUGUAUGAUAUGCCUAUAGGAAGCACCUCUGAUCUCACUCAAAUUCCAGUUAGACUGCUGAGUGCCUGUAGAGAUUUCUUGUAACAACCAGGUCACACAUCAGGUUUUGACUUGAACUGCUUCCUUAAAACAUGCUGUCCCUUUACUAGUGACAAGAAUGAUAGGGGUAAAUGAUAAAACAUGUUCCUCUGAAGGACAGAAUGAACCUGCAGGCCUUGACUCAGCUACAUUACCACAGUGUCUGGGCAGCAGGCAGAUGGAUUUUUUUUUUACAGUAAAAUGCCGCAGUAUUUCCAGGUUGCUAUCAUUCCUUUUGGAUUUCUUCAUAGCCUUCUUAAUUAAAAGCUUGUUCUAGUCUCACUUUGAGUUGUGAGAUUAUUCUGAAAAUUAAUUUUUGCUUUGGAAAGAAACAGCAUUUAGCUUCCUUUCCACAAAUGAGUAUGUGGACGGCACUGUGGGAAUGUACCACUUUGCCUCUACUUUUCAGUGGCUUAUUCUGUGUGCACAAAACUACCUGUUGUCUUGAGGAAACAGCCUUGAGUUGGAUGAAGUAUGUGUUACGAACCUGACCUUUCCUUCAGAAGAACCAAAGAACAUCAGAAAGAAAAUUGCCAUUGUGUGGGGAACAGCUGCAUUAAAUCUUUCUGACCAGCACCUGUUCCUAUCAGAAAGCCAGUGAACCUGCUUUCACCAUACUCACCUUAAGACAGAUGGAGAGCACAGCCAGUAGUCUUUUUAUGCCAAACUUGGCACAGGUAGAAAGCCACAACAUUUUUGUAUGAAAAUGUGAGUAUUGUUCUUUAUAUAGGACAGACAAAUGUGGUGUAAUGCGUCUCUGGACGUGGGUGUGGAGAGAAUCAGACAGCUCCAGAUCCAGGAGUAAUGCACUGAAAAUGUUUAAUUUUAUUCAACUGUCUAGAUUAGUAAAACACCUCUUUCAUUGUGAGGCUGAUGUCAUAACUUUAACUAUUUUCUUGAUGAAGUGCUUUCAAAAAACAUUUAUUAGGGUGUCCAUAUUUCUGAGAGUUCAUUUUUUUUCCCCCUCCUGCACUCUGUUAUAACAUUUCUCAUUACACAUUAUAAAAAUAUUUGUAGAGAUUGUUUAUUGAUAGGAAAACUUCUGCUGGGUGUGUUGGCACGUGUGUGUGUUCAGACAGAGUAAGCGGGUUCUGUCCAGGCAGCACCAAAGCUGCUUCCAAAGAUUUGAAAAAGUAAUAAUGGACUCAACAUUUAAGAGUUCAAGCGAUACAUCUCACUGCUAGUAAAAGGUUUUAUAAGACUUCAGAGAAUUUCUUAAAAUAUAUCAAGCAGAUACAAUCUACUUCAAGGGCUAUUACCUAGAAAUAAUAUUGAAGCAAUUUAGUUCUUUAUGCUGCUGCUUCAUUGUACUUUUUAAACAUUUAUUUAUUUGCUUUUUCGAAUUCAGUUGCGAGACAUCAACAGCCUAAAAAAAUUAGUCUCUGCAACUACUUUGGAAUAUACAGUAGCCAUAGAAAAAAAAAAUAAAAUUGAAGUACGGCUUAAUAUCUGUCAUGAAAAAGAUUUGUGCCGCAAAGACCUGAUUCCUCGGGGUAACCGGUUUGAUAAAAGCAUUUGCAUGCACGAGUUGCUGCAGCGAUGCACCACACUGAUCAGACACCAAAGAAAUUAAAUCUGGACUGAGGAAAUAACAGAGGUCAAAAAAUGCUGGCGCGCUUCUGGCUGCGGUCAUGUAACACACAAUUGAGAGAAAAGAACCACAGGGAGGAAUUGUAAACUGACAUCGUGUUGGAGUAUCUUGCAUUAGCGCCUUUCAUUAGUGAUUCUGUGGUAUUUGCAGUUCCUCAAGAGUCUGUCUAUAAAAUGCAGCAUGGCUAAAAUUCAGUAAAUUUUAUAAAUCUUUCCACUUUAUAGUGCAUUAUCUGUCAAACAUAUUACAUAUUACAAUUGAAAUAAAUUUUCAGAUAU